AUGCCACCUAUGGAGAAAGACGAUAUAUCGUUGCCAAAGGCGACAGUGCAGAAACUGAUCUCGGAAAUAAUAGACGAUGACCUCUCCUUCAACAAAGACGCACGAGAGAUUAUUAUAAAAGCCGGGAUAGAGUUUCUGAUGAUUCUGUCGUCGAUGUCCUCGGAGAUGGCGGAAAAUGACGCGAAAAAGACUAUAGCCCCAGAGCACGUGCUCACUGCGCUGAAAGAACUAGAAUUCGAUUCCUUCAUACCGUUCUUGGAACAGGCACUGACAGAGUUCAAGGGCACGCAGAAGUUUAGGGAGAGGAGGGACUCCAAAUUUAAAAACUCAGGGCUCACGGAGGAACAGCUACUACGACAACAGGAGGAGUUGUUCAAGAAAUCAAGAUCGAGAUUGCAUCAGAACGCUCCAUUGCCCACGUCGGGUGAAGCAUCCAUAGACGAGACUGAAAGCACCGAACACGCUAAACAAGAACCUUUAGAGUGA